ACUCUGUUUAUGUAUCAGCCUUUGUAAUCUGUGUAGUGUGUGGAUUAAUUAUUUACUAAUAUAAUCGUUUGCUUUUCCUAUUAGGGAUAAGUUAAUAUAAUCAUAAAUCAAUCAUUAUUUACUUAUAACAAAAUGGUCUUCAAAAAUUAAGUCCGAAUUGCUAUAGUAAAGUGUGGGUGUUAUCGAAUUGAAACCAUAAAAUUUUAUAAACAUGUCGACAGACUUAGGUGCUAGUUUCAAUGAACAAUAUGUAAAUAUUAACACGAAGUUGAAGAAGCGUUUUAUGCGCCGACCUAAUAUAUCAGAAGCUACGAACGAGUUCAUUGGUCUUGCAAUCCAGUGUGAGAACUGUGAGCAACCAACUUUUGCUGGGCAAACUUAUAUUGGUGCGGCAAAAUGUGAGGCUUCUGCUGGAAAUAUUUUAGGAGAAGCUGAAAAUUAUAUUGCAGCUGCAAGACAAUUUAUGAAAGCUGAAAAAAAGCUAGUCUCACUUAAAUUUGAUAGUCCAGAUAGAGAAAACUUGGAGGCAGCUAUUGGAUGUUUCUUGCAAGCAUUACACAAGUAUCCAGAAAAAUCUCCACUCCGUGCAUCAAUACUAUUGGAAAUCGCUAAUGAUCUCUUGGAGAUAAAUCAUAAGCUGGAAGCCAUAACAUAUUUUAAACAAGCUUUGGAUAUAAUACAGGAUGAAACUAUGAAACUGAUGUGUAUGAUUAAGCUUUUUAAAAUGCAAAUAGACAGUGGAAAGCUGGAUUUAGCUUUACAAACUGGUAAUUCAAUAACAGAUCUGAAAUGUCAUGUACCUGAAAGAAUAUUAGCUGAGAUACAAGUAAGUAGAGUACUUUUAGCUCUACAUGUGGAAAUGAAUGAUAAGAAUAGGACUGAUUCUUUGAAAAAUCUGUUUACUGACCUGCUUAAUGAUGAUGAAGAAAAUGACACUUUACAAUUUAACCCUGAUUUAAAAUUGAAGCUACAGUCUAUUAUAAUUUCAAGCAACUUGGAGGACCAACAGGCAUUAAUUGCUAUUAGUAUGGACACAAAACCAUAUCUUACCGAUCAACAAUGGGAUUUACUUCAAUCAUUAAUCAGUAAAAAACAAGAAGAUUAAAUCUAUAUUUUGCUUAUAGUAAAUACUAAAUAGAAUAUUGGUAUUGAUAAAAAUAUUUAAUUACCUUUUUAAUACAGUCCACAAUGUAAACUUCCCGAUACCACUGCUGACUACCUGACGCCACAUCUCACAGUUACUUACCUUCAAUAAAUUAGGUGUAAUUCAAAAUUCAUUGUAAUAGAAAAAUGUAUGCAAAUAUUUAGUAUUCGAUUAAAAUAAUAACUAUUAUUCUGUACACUAGUUGGUAUUUUAUAAUAAGUAUCUAAUGUAAUCUUUAUCUUUAUGGAAAUGUCUAGUGUUGGUUACUUUGUUGUCAUGUUAAAUUUUAUUCUUUUCUUUCCAGUAUGCACAAAAUAUGUAACAAAUUGUGUAAGUGUUGUUCAUAACUAUUGUUUAUUUAAAUAAAACUAAGGGUCUCCCAAACGUUUUUAUUGU